CUUGCGUCUUAAUUUUGUAAAAUUAUGUUCGCAAUUUGUCGAGUUUACUAAAUUAUACAGAGUAAUUUUGUCAUACUUAUGGUAUUUAUUAUGUGAAGUUUACUUAACAUAAUAUACCUAUUAGUUACUACUAUAACAUCAAUUAUUUCUAGGUUUGGAUUGUAAAUGGUAUGGGUGUCUCUUCUUAGCUUUGGAUGAGAAAUAAAAAUGUCUUCUUCAUGUGACUUAGACUGGGCAUCCGUAAAAUUUAUAUUUUACGAUACUAGCUCCAGCUCCAAAAACAAUGUGAUUUCAUUGUUGAAGUUUAUUAGUCAAAGUGAAGACAAUCUACUUGAACAAGAUAUCAAUGAAAACAAAUUUUGUUUUUAUUUUGUCACAUUAGCUGCAAAUUACAUUGGUCAACACUGUAAUUUAUUUGAAACAAAUGAGUUAUCAGCUUUGAGUAGAAGUUGUAAAACUCUUCUAAAAUGCCUUCUUACAUACAUGGGACAAAUAAGAGAUGGCAAUAGUUGGGAUUCUUGCUCAUCCCAUCUAAAUUUGGCAUUAGCUGCAAUCUCGGCUUUGUGUGCUGCAAAACCAUUAGGUGCUUCCGACUUUGUUACUGUUGCAGCUCUUAUAAAGGAGUGGCCUUCUAAUACUCAUAAUUACAAUAAUAAAGAAAAAGAAUGUAAAAAAGCACAAGCUUAUGCUUACGUAGUUGACCAAAUUAUAAGACCUUUGGAUAGAAGUAAAAUUUGCUUAAAUGGUCCUUUGAAAAAAAACGAUGAAGAUGUUAAGAGUUUGUUAAUUGAAAAAAAUAUCUCUAAUUUACAAGAAAUGGGAGCGAAUAAUGUCAUUUUUGAAACCUGUGUUAAACUUCCAAUGCUCAAGAGAUAUAUAAUUAAAAUUGAUCCACAACAUGAUAGUGGGAAAAAUAUUUUGAAGUUUUCAGAACCAAUCGGAUCUAAGCUAUCAUGGAGAUUUGUGCUAUUGGAUAUUACAUUUGUUGAAAAUGCGUUAGCAUUACCAAUAUUUGAACCAUUAACUAUUGAGUGUUUACAACAAGUAACUAGUAUUAUCACAGCUUGUCUUAGGGUAGCAUUGUUUGUGCAAGGUAUACAUCAUAAUACAACAAUAAGUGCAGACAAUAUUAAUAUAGAAGAAGAUGUUAUGUGGAACCAAGCUGUCCAAACUAUUGAAAAAAUUGUCACUAUAAUGCAGACAGUUUCAAGUACAUUGAAAAAGUAUUCGCAAUCGGUUCAUCAGAAUUAUUAUAUGAUUGUAGUUUGGGUCCUUUUAUAUGGUCUUAAUGAUAUCUGUACAAAAACGUAUAAACUGAAUCAAAUUAAAGAUAGUGAAAAAAUAACCAAAAACAAAGGAAAAGAUAUGGCAGCUAAAUCAUCUAAAAGUUUAUUUAAUGUUCUAUCAGUUGCAUUGGCAAACGAAAUGCUUAAUAUGCUUAUGGAUUUGUUAGAAAAUGCAAAAAAAGAAUCGACUUCUGAACAACUAAUGAGCUGUGCUGAGCGGAAUGUUGUAAACUCGGUAGCAAAAUUAGAUAUUUGUGCUAAUUCGAGUGCAAGUGAACGACUUUUACAGAUUUUGCAAGCUGUACCGUUUAUAAACUUUUUUUAUAAGUUGGCAAAAGUUAGCCAUCAUAAGGCAAUAUGUUUAAUUAUUAAUCAAAAUAAAAGCAAAGUGAAUGGUGUUCAUACUGUAAGUCUAGAAUCAAUGGAUACAUUUCCUGGGACACCGGAAAGUGUAACACCCGAAGAAGAAGAUGUAGAUAAUGAGUCAUUAUUUGGAGCUUGGUUUGAAGAGGUGCUAACAUUAGGUGAUCAGCAGAUAGAAAAUUUAUCUACUAAACCACAGGUCACUGAAUAUACAGAUCUUAAUAAAAGUGUAACUAGUACAGCAAAUUAUAAGGUAGUACCUGAAAGUGAUGAUCCAGAAUCGUAUUUAACAUUGACGACAAGAGUAUUUAACUUACUGGAUGUAUGCUUUUUAAGUACUGAAUGUGCAUAUAUUGUUACAUUUAUGACUCGUGAUGCUGUCAAGUCUGAUAAUUUGGGUGUACUAGCUAAAUUAAUCACCGACAUUGAUUGGGCUCCAGUUUAUAAUGACUUAAGUAAAGCUUGUAUUCUUGAUAUUCAUCAAAAUGCUUCUUCUUCUGUUGGAGUAUUUUUACAUAAUUUGAUUGCUAAAGAUUUUUUAUCAGCUCAUAAACAAAAUGAGUUACUUGAAUUAAUAGGAAUUAAAAUCCCAAUGGACAAUGGAGGUACCAAAUGGCCAUUACAAAUAUAUCCCAGAACACUAGCAAUAUUAGCACAAGUGUUGCUUAAAAAGCCAAUGUCUGAAAGAGAUGAACUAUCAAUGUUUAUUUGGCAAAGUUUAAUCAAUUCAUUAAGCAAUAUAAUUGAGCAUUCUGUAAAUAAUAAUGAUGAUUUUGAAGAUUUGAAUGUAGAACAUGCACAGCUAUUAAUAUUUUUGUUCACCUUAAUGUCAUUAACACAUAAGAAAACAAUUCUCCUUUCUAUUUGUAACACUAUAAUUGGAGCUAAAUGUUAUUUGGCUCUAAACCCAGUCCACAAUAAUCAUAUUUUGGCCUUAAGCAGAUUACUUUUGUGUUUUGAUUAUAUGGUUAGAAGAUUGUAUGAUGUUCCAGAAUAUUUAUUGUCACAAGUUGAAUGGAACUUGAUGCGUAUCAAAAAUGUAGUGAAAGAAGAUACGAGUAAUGCACAAUUAACUGAAAAACACACAUAUUUGUUGUAUAACUCUAUUGAAGACAAUUUUCGAAAAAAAUCUGAUGGUAUUGGAUAUUCAGUGGCCGUAGAGCCUUGCUUUUAUAAACUUCUUGAUGAUAAACAGACUGGAAAUGAAGUUCCAAAGUUGGACGGUUUGGCUGUUAAUUUUAUACUUAGUUAUCCAGAAAAAUUAAGUUAUCCACAAUUGUUAGAAGCCUUGUUGGAUAUUAUUUCAACAAUCAAUUUAUGCAUGAAAUCAGAAAUUACAGAUAGUGGAAAAAAUGAAAAUGCAACAUCAAAAUCUUUAAAUCCACUUACACUUUGUAGUAUUGAAUACUGUUUUACUUUGGCAUGGAAAUUACUUUUAUCUUUACCAGUACCUACACAAAGGUUACAAGAAAUGGUAGACGACAAAUCCUCAGGAUUUGAUACAUCAAGUUUAUUAUAUUUUUUAAUAUGGGGUAAUAGAUGUAGUUCUAAAGUCUAUAGUAAUUGGUUAAAGGAAGGUGUUCUAAAACAAAAUAGUAUUUCAGAAAGUACAAGUGAUAAAGAUACAAAUGUAUGUAAUACUCAUGCAUUAUUAACAAGUGUUACAGCUGCAACAUUAUCAAAUAAAUAUGAUUACCAAAUAGCUGAAGCUCAUUUUAUUAAACAUAUUAAACAAACAGAUGCCAAAACUAAGAUUCAAUGUCCUUUGUUAUUGGAUAUAAUAUUGUAUGAUGCGGUAAUAUCAAAAAUAUAUGUACAAUCUAGAGCAGGAAAAACACCUGAAGACAUUUCUAAAUCUCCAAGUACAGAAUUAGUACAUAUGUUGAUGCCAUAUUGUGUCGAGUUGGCUACAUUAACAUUUACAAAUAUCAAGAAUAAUCUUCUUCAACAAGUUAAACAUUUGCAUCAAGCACAGACGUUUACACCGGGAGAUUUAAAUAAUUUAAAAAUAAUAUUAUCAAUGUCAAGUAAUCAAUCGUCUCUUGAAUUUUCACCUGUAACCUAUAACCUACCAUCUCUGAUAUAUGAUGGUAUUCCUUCAUGGGUGAUUUCUGUAAUUACCAAGUGGAAUUCCAUAUCUAUUGGUCCAAACUUAAAGGCUACUAAUUUGGAUAUUUUACCUGAAAAUUUAAUUCAGAAUAUUGUGAAACAUCAUGCAUCAUUUGUUUCAAAUCAGACAGUAUAUUUCAAUACUCCAUCUUUAAAGCGUUUACUUCAUACGCUUGUUGUUUUUAUCACAGACAAUAUACAGUUAUGCACUGAUUUCAAAUUGCGAUCAGAUUUUGCAAAUCUCUUGAGUUCUAUGACAGUUGAUUGUUCAUCAGAAUAUCUUUUAGAGCAUAUUAUUCCUACAUUGGAAAAAUUGAAAAAUCCAGGUGAUCACGAUCCAGCUACUAUGAUAGCUAUACUUAUCACCAAAAAAAUUAAAAAAUUAGCAAUUCAGUACAAAUCUGAUGAUACUACUAACACAGAUUACAUGAUUGAGAAAACCUUAAUACAUAGUCUGUUUUGGAUUGAGCAAUUGAUUUUUGAAUUUUCAUCUGCUCGGUAUGCUGUUUUAAGAACGUUUUGUGUUAACACCCCUAAAGAAGUGAUUUCUUUAAAGAAAUUUAUUUCGUCUGGUGUUUUUGUUAGAGCUUUUGUAAGAUUGGCUAAUCGAUUGUUUUUAAACUUGAAAACGAAUAAUCACCAAGAUAUCCGAAUAAUAUGUCGUACAAUUAUUGAAUUAUCAACUGACCCAAAAAAUAGACUAGAUUUGUGGUUACAACGAAUUAUUGUUGGCUGGAAUAAAGAUGAAGAUUUGAUUGAUGCUGUUAAACUUUUGUCUCAAGAAUUGACAGUUUUCUUAAAUGAAAGACAUUUAAAUUCUGUUAAACAUUUUACGAGCAACAUACCUUCUACAGUUGAUUCAGAUGAAAAUUUUGAAUUAAUAAAAAAUAUGAUAGAUUUUGUUGUCACAUUAGAUGUAAAUGAUGACCUAAAAAAAAAAGCAGCUUUAUGUUAUUUGGAUACAUUAAUACCAAUUGUGACCUACACAUUAGUUUUUGAAAAUGGCACUGGUUUUUCAAAAAUAUUUGCUCAAAUGGUACGAUUAGCGGAUUAUGGUGGUUCUGCAGGCCAUGUAAAAUUAUUCAAGGCCAGCAUAAAAUUAUUAGAUACCAUAAAAAUUUGGCUUAAAUCAAAUGUAGUGCAGCUACAAUCUGAUGAUUCUAAAAAAACAUAUCCUGCUGUUGUAAUUGCUUCCAGUUGUUUGAUGAAUUAUGUGUCUGAUAUAAUAGCUGCGUUGUAUAGUGAUACUGAAAAUACUACUCGUCCUCCAUUACUUGAUUCUUUGUCUUUGUUUUAUUAUGAUGGUAUGGAGUUUGAUGGAUUUUUACCUUGCAACGAGAAAGAAAAUGAAGCAUUAAUUGAAGAAUCAGAUGAAGAUAGUCUAUACUACAGGCUGUGUACAUUUACUGUUACUCAAAAAGAAUUUAUGAAUCAACACUGGUAUCAUUGUCAUUCAUGUAAAAUGAUUGAAGGAGUUGGCGUUUGUAGUAUUUGUGCUAAAGUUUGCCACCGAGGACAUGAUGUUACCUAUGCUAAAUUUGGUAACUUUUUCUGUGACUGUGGAGCUAAAGAAAAUAAUUUCUGUCAGGCUUUAACCAAGAGAAAUCCAAAUUCAGUGCCUGAUGCUAAUAUUCAAAAAGACAAAAUAGUUACUACUGAAAGUGGAAAUUUGACUGUUGAUCAAGACCGAGUAGAUAGUUAUAAUUCAUCCUUAGCUGCUGAUUACAGCCAAGAUCCAAGAAAUGCAAGCACAAGGAGCCUUGAAUAUGAAUCAGUAGUACUUAAUACACUUUACACCACUUGUAAUAAUUUUUUGAUGCCAACUAUUCUGGAUCAAACCCAAAUUAUCGAACCAACAUUAGAUUUAUGUGCUCAACUAAUGAAUGAUGUUAUUAAGUCUGGUGAAAAAAAUUCAGCAAUUGGAUGUAACACAAGAGCAAUAGAUACAUUAAGUGAUUUGCGUAAUUUAGAAAAAACCAUUGAAGUUUCAGAUAAUUUAAUGCUCCCUACAAUGGGAUCUCAAGAAGGUGCUUUUGAAAAUGUAAAAAUGAAUUUCAGUGGAGAUCAAGGUCAAACUAUUCGACAGCUCUUAUCUGCUCAUAUGAUACGUCGUGUAGCUAUGUGUUGUUUAUCUUCUCUACAUGGAAAAAGGCAACAUCUUGUCGCUGUCUCUCAUGACAAAGGAAAAAUUGCAGUUCUACAAAUGAGCUCAUUAUUAAAACAAUCUGAUGUAUCAAAACGCAAACUUACUCUGACACGUCUUUCAUCGGUUUCUAUACCUUUUACUGUACUAUCAGUGACAGCAAAUCCAGUUAAUGAAGAUUUUCUAUCAGUCUGUGGUCUUAAGGAUUGCCACAUUUUAACAUUUAAUACAAGUGGAACAGUGAAUGAACAUAUUGUCCUUCAUCCGACAUUAGAAGUUGGAAAUUUCAUAAUUCGAUCAAUUUGGCUUCCUGGCUCUCAAACAUGUUUGGCAUUAGUAUCAGCUGAGUUUGUCAAAAUUUAUGAUUUAUCAAAAGAUGUUUUGAGUCCUCAAUUUUAUUUCCUUGUUCCUACCGGAAAAAUACGAGAUGUUACAUUUAUGUGUACCGAGGAAAGAUCUACUAUGAUAUUAAUAUCUUCUGGAGGUUAUAUAUAUACUCAAGAUAUGGAUGCCAGCAGUUCAGCUAUCCAUGGUCCUUUUUAUGUAACUAAUACUAUUGAUAUUGUUCACCCUGAUAUUAAUGAUGUUAAUGGUCAAGUUUGUGGAGGAGGAGUAUCAGUUUAUUAUUCCCAUACUUUGUCGCUCUUGAUGUUUAGCUAUGUGACUCCAGGACGUACUUUUAUUGCUCCAUUAGAUGAAGAAAGAUACCAAGGUGGUGUCAUUACACUACAUCCAGUUUUUGCUAUUAAUUCACAGUCAUCAUGCCUUGGCACUAAAAAUAAAAACAAUGCCUGUCAGUUAAAUAGUUCUGUUCCUCCUACACAACCUUUGUGGCAAUGGUCUGAAAUUCCUGGACAUCCAGGAUUAGUGUGUGCAAUUCUUCAAUCAAGUAACACUCCUGUAGUAUUCAUGAUAACACCAAAAUCGAUCACACUUCAAGAAAUAAAAUUAGCUCAAACAAAAACUAAGAUAACAGAUAUGGUUGCUGUACGCCACCCAUUGUCUAAUGGAGACUUUAGAACAACUUUAAUAAUAUUGUGUGAAGAUGGUAGCCUUCGUAUGUUUUUAGCAGCUAAAGAACAAACAGAUUUUUGGUUAUCGCCAUCUAUUCAACCUUCAUGUCAUAUAACAUCAUUCAGUAAACUUAAAAAAAGGAAAACGGAUAAAUCUGGUAGAUCAACAGGAAGUAAUUCAACUUUUCCAGUUGAUUUCUUUGAAUACUGUGUUGCAAUGAAUGAAGUUGAAUUUGGAGGCAAUGAUUUAUUGCAAAUUUAUAAUCCUCAACAAAUUAAACAUAGAUUGAAUAGCAAUGGCAUGUAUGUAGUGUCAACAAAACCACGUUUUACCAUUGAGGUAACAAACAAUGAUGCUACUAUGGUAAUGGCUGGAAUUAGAGUUAAUGUAGGAAAUCAAGAUUUAGGUCGUGCUCCUAGUUAUAUUGAAGUACUUGGCCGUACUCAACAAACAGUACCAAUAAAUCGUAGUCGUUGGUUUGAUUUCCCUUUGACUAGAGAAGAAAGUCUUCAGACUGACAAAAAACUAACAAUAGUAUUUGGUCCAUCAAGAGACCCAGAAGGUGUUACUAUGGUUGAUUCUAUAAAAAUAUAUGGCAAAACUAAAGAGUCAUUCGGGUGGCCUGAUGAAGUUGAUGAAAUUAGCAGUGCUACAAUUUAUGGAUCAACCUCUACUAGUACUGUGGUUACUAACCAGUACAAUUCUCCAGAAAAAGAACUACCAUUAACUGGUUUCACAAUAAACUAUUUAGACAAAUUUGUAGUUGGGUUAUUAACAAUUCUAGAAAAUUGCUUCAGUGUAAUAUCUAACAAUACCUCAAAUGAACAGUCUGAAAAUUAUUCUGCAAACAAGUCUAAAUCAUUGAAAAUAGCACUUCAGUUACUUAACAAGAGUACUCAAGCUUGUAUUCAACUUCAUGCAAAAUCUUUAAUUGCAGUUAUACAUCCAGAUUUUCAUACGUUUAAGGACCAGUCUAUGUUGACACAUAUACUUCAAGAGUUGAUCAAUUUUGAGAGAGAAGAUCCUAAAAAUAUGGACGCAGAAGCAUAUUAUAGACUUGUGUUAAUAACUCGGGGGAUUGCUGUUUGUAGACCACAAAAUUUAUCAAACUUCGAUUACACUCAACAUGAAGAGGUUAAUAGCAAUGUUGAACAAACAUCACAUUGGUGCCAGCCACUUAUUCAAAAAUUAAUAUCUGUAUUUUGGAUUCUAUACUACAAUAGGCCAAAAAAUCCUUCUUAUUGUACAAUUUAUGUGCCUGGUCUUAAACACACUGAAGCUGUCGUUUAUGCUCUUAUUGACAUAUUACAUUCAUUAUUAUUUUAUGAAUUUUCUGAUUUUCAACAUUCUCAAAUCAAUACAAUUUCUAAGUACUAUCUAGACUUCUUACUAUGUGAAGAUAUAGCAGUUAGUUACACGGCAAAAUUAGCACUGGCAAGAGCUUUAAAGCCUCACGUCUCAAGUAAAAAAAACAUGGAGUUUAUUCGUGGAGAAAAUUCUCACAAAGAAUCUAUUGAAGUUACUGAACCCAAUAAAGAACCAGAAAUUGAAGAACAAGUACCUCAAGAACCUUUAGAAGAAAAUAUUCAGUAUGAAGUUGAUGAACCAAUCAUUCUACUCGAUCCGAGAAUUGAGCCACAAGAACAAGAUCGACAAAACAUGGAAGUACUUAUUGGAAAUGUUCAGUUUCCUGGUCUUAUAAUUCCGCCAGAUGCUGAUGAUGAAGCAAUGGUAGAAUUAGCUAUUGCUUUGAGUCUUCAAGAUAAUGCAAAUAUGGGGAAUAAUGGAGAUUUGCAAAAUAUUCAUCAAGGAUUGCAACAGGGUUUAGUCGAAUUACAAGGUUUAAAUGCUCCUGCCGCUUUACAGAAUUUGCAAGAUUUAUCAUCCCAAAACAAUGACAAUGGUCAGAAUUCCGAAACACAAUCUGCUCAACAAGGUCAUUUGAGUGAUACUACAGCAUCUGCAGCAGGGUCAGAUGAUGAAGAUACUAGUGCUGUACCCGAUGGAAGUACAUUAAGAACGUCUCCAGUAGAAGCUACUGAAGUUGAAAGGGAAAUUGAUGAGGAAAUUGUGUACGACCAAGACAUGGAAAUCAAUAAUCACUUGCACACUCUAAGAUUGUCCUUGUUAGAGAAAUUCAUAAACCAUAUACCAAAUCUUCAUAAUAUUGGGGGAACGAGAGCUAUACCAUUUUUCCAAGUGGUUUCAUCAAUUGUAGCAGAUAUGGACUUAAAUAACGAAAGAGAUAAAGAAUACUUUUCUGAGUUGAUGCAAAUGUUUAUAACAUACAUUUGUAAGGAAAUAUUAGAUGAUGCAAAUUUGCAUAUUAGAAGUUCUCAGCGUGAAAUUGUUAUUAUUAUAAUGCGGUUUAUUGGUGUUUUAUUGGCAAGGCCAAAAUCUAGUUCAAAGUCUGUACCAGAUUAUACAACUUACAUUUCUCAAACAGCAGCAUCAAUGCUUAAGCAUGCUCAAUUUAUAUCAUGUUGUUUAAAAGCCUUGAAGUCAUUACAACAGUAUUGGGCCAAUACUAUUGAUAAUGAAGAUAAUGGUGCAUCAGUUGUAAGUGUCUUAUUAGAACCAAGUGGUCCACCCCAAGUUCCAGAUAUGAGUCCAUUCUUUUUGAAGCCUUAUUCUGUUAGUCAGACAAAAGAUAUUUUCCAUAAUUAUCCAAUAAUAUUAACUGAAAUGUUAUUACGUUUACCAUAUCAAAUACAGAAGAGUUGGUCUCAGCUAUCUUUUGAGCCAGAUUGGCUCACUGUAUUAUGUGAAUUUAUGAGCCUGAAAACAAUCAGUCCAUUCAUUAAACGACAAGUCCGUAAAUUAUUGUUAUUUGUUUGUGGUAAUAAAGAUAAAUAUCGUCAGAUCAGAGAUAUGCAUGCCUUAUCAACUAGUAUGAAGAACUUUCAAAAUACUUGUGAUAUUGGAGAACGAACAACACCUCAAACUUUAAAUUUAACCUAUGACAAACUUGUCGAACUAGUGGAAGAUGUAAAAAUAUGUGUCGAUAUUGCAUCAAGUCGGAUGUUAAACUGGCAACUUUAUUGUCGCAAAGAAAAUUCUGUUCUGCUAUACUUAAUGCGUGCAGCUUGUCUCUUAGAUGAAGGCGUAUCAUCAACUAUUCUUCAUUUAUUGCAGUAUGCUAUUUGUGGAGCAAAAAAUCAGUCUGGAACUCCUUCAGCUAAAGAAUCAAAAUCAAAAGUAUCUAAAGUUGCCGAAGAUGUAGAAAAUACUAUGCUUGAGGAAGCGCAAUGUAUGAUACUAGUUAAAGAAUUGAACAAGCGUUUAAAUAGAGAUAUUUUAAGUCGUUUUGUCAAAACAUUCUUGCUUGAAACAAAUUCUACACAUAUUCGUUGGCAAGCUCAUGCAUUAGUAUUAUCUAUCUAUAGAAAUUCAGAGCAAGACGACCAAGAAAAACUUUUAGAGUUACUAUGGUCAUUAUGGCCACAACUACCAACAUAUGGAAGAAAAGCAUUACAAUUUGUAGAUUUGCUAGGGUAUUUUAGUUUCAAGUACAAUCAAAAAGCUGGUACAUCUACUAAAUAUGUGGAGCAAGCAAUAGAAUUAUUAAGAACCCAAAAUCAUAAAUUGGCUUGUCAUCCUAACGCCAAUUUAUAUACACAAAUUUCUCAGUAUGUUGAUUUGGAAGGUUUUUAUUUAGAGAGUGAACCAUGUAUGGUAUGCAACAAUCCUGAAAUACCAUUCAGUAACAUAAAACUCACAUCAAUAAAAGUAGAUUCAAAAUUUACUACUACCACUCAAAUUGUCAAAUUAAUGGGAAGUCAUAUAAUCAAUAAAAUUGUUUUACGCAUAACUGACUUGAAACGUACCAAAAUGGUUCGAACAAUGAAUAUAUUUUAUAACAAUCGAUAUGUUCAAGCUGUAGUAGAGUUAAAAAAUAAACCAGCCAUGUGGCAUAAGGCGAAGGAAAUUACAUUAACAUCUGGACAAACUGAAGUGAAAGUCGAAUUUGCUGUUCCAAUAAUUGCUUGUAAUUUAUUGAUAGAGUAUGCUAGUUUUUAUGAAAACUUGCAUGCUUCUUCAGAGACAUUACAGUGUCCAAGAUGUAGUGCAACAGUUCCUGCCAAUCCCGGUGUUUGUUCAAAUUGUGGUGAAAAUGUUUUCCAGUGUCACAAAUGCCGAGCCAUAAACUAUGACGAAAAAGACCCAUUCCUAUGCCAUUCUUGUGGGUUUUGUAAAUAUGCUAAAUUUGAUUAUGUAUUAACUGCAAAACCAUGUUGUGCUGUUGAUCCUAUUGAAAAUGAUGAUGACAGAAACAAAACUGUGAGCUCUAUUAAUUCUAACUUGGAAAAAGCUGAUAGACUUUACAAACAGUUGGUGUCGUCAAAACCUGUAUUAGAGAAUAUGUUGGUAAAAGUAAUGGAAAAUAGGUUAGAAAAGUCAAGUAAUACAAAUUCAGAGGAAAAUCCAAGUCCUAAUGUUGUGCCAGUUUCUGGUUUCGCUGCCGUUGUUAAUGGAGCGAUGAAUAACAACAUAUCGUCUGGUCCAGUGCAUCAAGUCAAUAGAUCAAUUCAACUUCUUGCUCAAAAAUAUGGUUCUGAAUGUCGAAAUACUUUUGAAGAUCUUAGCCGAAUUGUACAAAAAGUAUUAGCAAGUCGGAAGGAGUUAAUAGCAUAUGAUCAAAAACAAUUAGGUCAAGCUAAAUCAACAAGUCGGUUCAGCGGUAGUGCACAUUCUCUUUCUAUAUCCGAAUCUUUGACAACUUUAACUGUGUCACAAUCUGAGAUAAUUUCAAGCCCUUCUGUUAGUACAAGUUGUUAUGGAUGUAUAACAGCUGCAUUAGAACAUUGCUUUGUUAUGCUUCGUGCUCUUGCUACAAAUAUGACUUUGCGUAAAUCACUAAUACAACAAGGACUUAUACAAGAACUUGUUGAAAAUAAUAUCAGGAGAGGUUCAGUUCAGACCCAAGAAGAAGUUCGUAAUUUAUUAUGUAUUUUAAUACAAGACAAUCCAAAAGCUACAGAAGAUUUAUGUGGACUAUUGAGUCAAAGAAUAUCUCUUACUAUUAGAGGACCAAUAGCAAAUGCAGAUCUUGCAUUUGCAGUUAGACCAGAAAUAUCACUAUUAGCAACUAUGCUGUACAAAGAAGAUUCAUGUUGGGAACAAAAAGCUAAAUGUGUGAUGCAACUUUUCUUUAUGACAUGUAAAGAAUUUCAGUCUUCAGCUAUUGUUACGUAUAUAACAUUGCCAUGUUUGAAAAUGAUGCGUAAUAUUAUAAAACCACCAGCUUCCACAGCUAAAGUAAAUAAGGAUAAAUUACCUGAGAGUUUGUCUACUGUUCAAAUGUCUGAUCACCUCAUGGUAGAUUUCAGAAAAUGGGCUGUACAAAGUCCUGAACACAUGUUUAGUGCUUGGCGCCAAAGAUUGCAAAAGAAGACAUCAGAUGCUUUGGUAAAAAAGCAAAAAACUAAGAAUGAAACGAGACAAUAUUAUUUGGCUUCCAAGUAUUUCAAGAAGUGGCGUUUAUACUCUUUAAGAGAUAUUGCUAAACCGUUUCAUCUUUCAAAGUCUUCAUGGCUUAAACAUUUCCUAUUUUGUUCAAGUACGAGAUUGUUAAGACAAGUUGCAUGUGCUAUAUUUGAAAGUAUUGCACAAGUUCCAGAAAGAAAAAAAGAAAUUUUAGAUCUACUUACUGAUUUCUUGACAGAAUUGGGUAGUGCAGGAGAAAACUGUGCUGAAUUUUUAGCAUUAUAUCAAAAUCUCAUUCAGCAUACCCCUUGGAAACAGUAUUUGGCAUUAAAAGGAGUACUUCUAAUGAUAUCUGAUAUUAUAACUAAAGAAAUAAAACAUCUACAUUAUCUUGAGGAAACGACAUUAACUUCAGAUUUAGCUCAGGGAUUUGUCUUAAAAAGUCUAACUGGAUUGUUAGCUUCGUUUUUGGAAGUUGACAGUAUAAAACAACAGUAUAAAGGAAGACUUGUUGGUGCAAUACUAAAUGGUUAUCUUUCACUUCGGCGUUUGGUUGUUCAAAGAACUCGUCUUAUUGAUGAAACUCAAUCACAACUCUUGGACCUUCUCGAAGAAAUGACAUGUGGAACUGAAGCAGAGUCUAAAGCGUUUAUGGCAAUUUGUGUAGAGACAGUGGAAAAAUGUGACCCUCAAGAUGUCCGAACUCCAGUAUUUGUAUUUGAAAGAUUAUGCUCAAUCAUAUAUCCUGAAGAAAAUGAUGUUGGGGAAUUUUACAUGAAUUUAGACAAGGAUCCUCAACAAGAAGAUUUUUUGCAGGGUCGUAUGUUAGGCAAUCCUUAUAGUAGUAAUGAACCAGGCUUGGGACCUUUAAUGAGAGAUGUCAAAAAUAAGAUAUGUCAAGAUUGUGAACUGGUUGCACUAUUAGAAGAUGAUAAUGGCAUGGAAUUACUAGUAAAUAAUAAGAUAAUAAGUUUGGAUUUGCCUGUAAAAGAGGUUUAUAAAAAAAUUUGGCUACCUGAAGGAGGUGAUAAUGAAGCUGCUAUGCAUAUAGUUUAUCGUAUGAGAGGAUUACUAGGAGAUGCUACUGAAGAAUUUAUUGAAACAUUAGAUGCUAAAUCAGAUCAAGAAGUCGACAAUGAAGAAGUCUAUAAAAUGGCUAAUGUGAUGGCAGAAUGUCGAGGUUUAGAAGUUAUCUUGAACCGUUUGUCUACUAUUGAAGAUCUUUCUAGAUCACGUCCACUACUCCAAGUAUUACUUAAAUUACUUGGGCUUUGUGUUAAAGUAAAACACAAUCAAGAAGUAUUAACAGAUCCAAUAUUAGGAUCCAUACCAAUUCUUCUAAACACCCUUGAGCUUUGUUUGAAUAAUGAAGCGGAUGGAUUAUCCAAUACUGUACUUACAGAGCAAACGCUUGAUAUAUUAGAAACAAUACUCUCAAAAGCGACAUCUCAAAAUCCAGAAGAGUUUGCCAAACUUUCUGAAACAUUUGGUCCGGAUGAUCAUAUCCGAUAUCUGCUACAUUGUGCUUCUAAUGCACGUUACACGAUUGUUCAACACUUAACUCGGGUUUUAGCAGCUUUAACAUACAAUAAUAAAGCAAAAAUGAUAGUAUUAAUGGAUCAUUUUUCUUCAGUUAUAUCAGACUUUGAAAAAUUUGAUGACGUUCAUUCAGCUCAAGAUGAACAAAUGAUGAACUUAUUUUGUGAUUUAACUUAUGGCAUUGAAAAUAAUUCACUGGGUAAUACAUUAAAAGACUAUAUAUUAUCCCUUGGAGUUAUUAAUAAUGUUAUUCUUUAUAUAUCGCGCCAUGCACCUACUGUGAAAUCGACAUUAAACAAAAAUAGUGAUAGAGACGAAUGGAAGGAAUUUAUAUCUAAACCUUCACUGAAAUACAUUUUAAGAUUUUGGACUGGGUUGGCUAAUAGCCAUGAACCCACUCAGACUGCUGUUUCUGAUGAGUGUAUACACACUGUUCAUUGUUUAGAACAAGUAUCGUCAGAUGAACAUGUUGGUUCACUUGCUGAAAAUUUGUUAGAAGCACUUAAAACUAACCCUAUAAUGGCUGAAAAAAUUGAACGGGUACGUGAACAAACCAAAGCAGAGAAAAAACGGCUUGCAAUGGCUAUGCGACAAAAACAACUUGGCCAAUUAGGCAUGCGUACUAAUGACAAAGGACAAGUAACUGCCGAGACAUCAUUAUUGCAACAAGUAGAAGAUUUAGGUGAAGAAACGGGACUUGUGUGUGUAAUUUGCCGUGAAGGUUAUAAGUUCCAGCCUACGAAAGUACUUGGUAUUUACACCUUCACUAAAAGGUGUGUAGUUGAAGAACAUGAAGUCAAAGCCCGUAAAACCAUUGGAUAUAGUACUGUCACUCAUUUUAAUGUUGUUCAUUUUGACUGUCAUAUGUCUGCAGUUAGACUUGCUAGAGUUCGUGAUGAAUGGGAAUCUGCAGCUUUACAGAAUGCCAACACUAAGUGUAAUGGAUUGUUACCCAUGUGGGGUCCUUCAGUUGCCGAGGCAGCAUAUGCAAACUGCUUAGCUAGACAUAAUUCGUAUUUACAAGAAGCAACUGGUCAAAGGGAUAUUAGCUAUACACAAACAGUACACGAUCUGAAGUUAUUAUUAUUAAGGUUUUCACAAGAAAAAAGUUUCCACGAAGAUACUGGAGGUGGUGGACCUCAAUCCAACAUGAAUCUUGUACCAUACCUCAUGCAUAUGUCAUUAUACGUAAUGAAUACAACAAGAAGAUCUGUAGUAGAAGAACGAAAUUUAAGGACUUAUUUGGAAACAAGACCCGGAGAUAGAAUGAUUGAUAAUUUUUAUGAUACCGAAGGACCACUGUAUUGGUUAACAAUGGCAAUUAUGCUAACACCUUAUUCUACUUGGAGAUCAAAUGCUCGUUUAUUGCAUUUGCAUCGUGUGAUGUUUAUGGCUCAUGUUUAUCACACAAACUCAUCUAUAGCACCGAAUAUACGUUCCGUACCAACUACUCCUCAUGAUUAUGCUGUAUAUAAACCAAUGCUCAUGUUUUUUGCACUUAUCAAUACCAUGUAUGAGUACUAUUUCAAGAACGUAGAGAUAACAGAAAACAAAAAUUGGUCUAGUAGUUUAGCUGACUAUAUUCGGAAUAAUGAUGAGAAUCUGCUCAAAAUGUCAGAAAAAAUGAUGACCAGUUUUAGUGAAGACUACUUACCUUGUACUACAUUUGAAGAAUAUUGUGAUAUUGCUCGUCUUGAUAUCGCUUCACCAUCAAACUACAUAAAAAAUAUAAUAAAUUCGUACAUUUAUGAAUGAAACGUUUUUCAUUUAACAAAAACCAAUAUCCCCAGUAUACACUUAUUCAAAUUUAUUUAUUCACUAUAUGUAUUUUUUUUUUUUGUGAUUAUUUUAUAAUAAGCAAAAUAAUUAAAAUAAUUGGAAAUUGCAAUUAAAUAAAAUAAAAAUAAUAUAAUUCAUUGA